GAGGCCUUGCGCGUAGAGUAGGUGUGGUACCUUCUUCUUUCGGAUGAGCGGUGCCGAUCUUACCUUCUGGAAGAGUUUAACCUGCCCAGAAAUGUGGCUUUGCCCAGAUGUAACCAAGGUUGCUAUCAUGACGAACAGCGAGAAGAUAUGGCAGAGAGGCAAAUGUCCUGUACCGGAGGAAAGCGAUGACAGUUCUUAUAUAAACCUACCACUACGAAGCGAAUACUUGCUCAAUCCUGCUCAUUUCAGAAGUUUAUUGCUGUUGGGCAUUUGCAAUGAAGCUCUCAUUGGUUCUAUUGGCGCCGCUGGCGGUCAAGGCUGCCGAAUAUGCUGUUGAGGAGUACGCCUCCGGCGCCAUUCAUCAACGGCUUAUGACCAUGAAGAAUGAACAAUGGGACCACGACGAGUCCGUAGGCCUCCAUGAUCUUGAUCAGUGGCCCUCUUGGGACAGAUGGUCCAGCCUGAAGCCUGACUUCAAGAAUGACCGCGUCAAAUGCAAGGAUGGUCUUGCCAUCGUCGAGCCCGGAAACGCCAAUCAAACCUUCCGUUGCAAGAAUAUGGACUUUUACGAUUUCAAGAACCAUGCCGACCUGGGCGGUCCCGAAGCCGCCGGCUCAUCUUCCUGGGGAUGGACCUCAAAGGAUGGACGGGAGUUCGGUAUCGUGGGCCAGUUCUCAGGUGCUGCCUUUGUUGAAAUCACCAACAAGGGCAAAAUCAUAUAUCUCGGUCGCCUGCCCGCUCAAAGCGUCGGCUCAAGAUGGCGCGAGAUCCGAGUAUUGAACGACUUUGUGAUCAUCGGCAGCGAAGCCGUCGGUCACAACGUUCAGAUCUUCGACAUGAAGAAACUCCUCCAUAUCGACCCUAGCUCGCCCGUGACAUUCGACCCACAAAGGGACCUCGUCGGCCUGUUCUCUGACACCAUUCCCAUCGGCCGCACGCACAACGUCGUUGUGGACUGGGACAACGAAUACGCCAUCGCCGUCGGCGCCCAGCCACGCAAUCAAUCCUGUGCCUCUGGUUUACAGUACAUAGACCUCUCCGAUCCAUCCGUGCCAAAGUCUCCGGGCUGCGCCAGCCAGGACGGAUACGUGCACGACGCACAGUGCGUGACUUAUAACGGCCCUGACCGUAGCUUCCGUGGCCGCAACAUCUGCGUCGGAUACAACGAGGACACCGUCACUGUUUACGAUGCCAGCAGCAAAUCCGGCCGUCCUGCAUCCGAAGUGCUCUCGCGCCUCAGCUACCCGGGCGCAACGUACUGCCAUCAGGGCUGGUGGACGGAGCGCAAUUGGCACCAGUACGUACUGCUUAACGACGAGCUCGAUGAGCGUGAUGGCAAGGGGCCUGCUGCCAGCGGCCGUCCAGUCACGCAUAUAAUCGAUUUUACAGACUUGCGCAAUCCAAAGUGGACAGGGACGUUCUUUGCGACGGACCAUAAGACGAUUGAUCAUAACCUGUAUAUCGUCGAUGGUCUCGCGUAUCAGAGUAACUACGGCGCCGGACUGUGGGUGCAUGAUGUCAGGAGCAUCAGCAGGGACCCGACUGGAAGCAAGGUCAGUGUCGAGGGCUUCUUCGAUAUCUACCCUGAGGACGAUGCGGUGGGUGGAAUUGUGCAGUUUGCUGGCACCUGGAGCCACUUUCUCUUCCCGUCUGGCUUUGUGCUUGUGAAUACUAUCGAAAGAGGCGCGUUUGUCGUCAAGUUGGCGAGUGGGAGGGGCUCGGGCAGAGGGCCUGGUUUUGGAGGCAAGUCAAGGGGAGGAAGGCGGUAGGUUACAGUAAAUGUCAAACACAUGGCUUCUGGAUAUCAAUUUUGAUCGUUCCAUCGAGAAAUGACAGUACCAUGAAGACAGACCCUCCAUAUUCAUUCAAACUUCUUUCCUCGCCCCCAUAUUCUUCAUCCACUUAUAACAUGUCGUAUGUCGACAAGGCUAUGAAGUCCUUCAUGUGUCAUAUAUUCCAAAGUCCUAAUCCAAU